GUGAUCCAACCCGAAGCGACUCGAACACAUAUACACUGCCAUUGCCUGUUCAGUUUAUCUGUAUACUGUAUAUUCUUGGUCCUUUACCGGUCACCGGUCACCACCGAAGCUUGAAACCUUCCUACCGCUGAUACUUCCUCAUACCAUGGAGCAAACGUAUACAGAUACGCAUGAACUCCAAAUCUACACCUACUUACGAUCCAACUACAUCCCCGCAGAUGAUGAAGGGGUUCGAGUCCUUGAUGACAUCGCUUUCUUAGAAAGGGAGCUGGCGCACAUUAACUGCCAAGACAGAGAGAAGAAAAAGAAUGCUUUGGACAUUAGACGAUCACUUAUAGCACCCAUCCGCCGACUCCCCAUCGAACUCUUACUCAAAAUAUUCUCUUUCCUUCCUCCGGAGCGUCCUCCUAGCGAUCGCGAUCUCUCAUACUCUCUACCCUCGCGUCCAUCCGGCACCCAGGAAAUGCCAUGGGUACUCAGUCAUGUAUCGAGCUUCUGGCGUGCCACGUCUCUUGCUUCUCCCUCACUAUGGACGCAUAUCUAUGUUGCGUCAAAAUACGUGAAAUCGGAGCAGUUUCUCGUGCAAGCCGCCCUUUCUCGCUCGCAGAAUUGCUCAUUAGAUCUCUGUCUCCAGAUGGAUUUGGAUGGUGCAGAUCGUGAAGAGAUUGCCUUGGAAAUUCUUAAACGAGCGGCACCACGCUGCAAGUCGCUGAGGCUAGACAUCCCCGCCUCAACGUUGAUGGGACUCCCUUGCUCAUUCCCCCUACUUCAACAACUGGAAUUACAUGUCGAACCUCACUCCUAUAAUUUGACUACGAGCGUCAAGAUGUUUAUGCAAUCGCCGCAACUACAAAGCGUGCACUUCAUGGAAGUCAGGGUACCGGGGGAGAUCCAGCUUCCUUUCACGGAACUGCAUGAACUGUCGCAGGUGUUCAUAGACUCUUAUGAUCAGCUCGCAGCCAUACUGAAAGGGGCGAAGGAUUUGAUGUCGUUAGAGGCUUGGCCUUCAGGAGCUUAUAGCUCGAUGUCUCCUAUUGGGUCUGUAGCUGAAAAAAUCACCCACAACAAAUUGGCCUACUUCGAUACAGGGUUCUCAGCUCUAGAACAUCUCACGCUUCCUGCUUUGGAAGGUUUGACUGUGGAUGAAGACGAUCAUCAGGACGGCAACGAGAUACGUAUGGAAGAGAGGAUGCGGGUCCUACCCGACUUCUUGGAGCGAUCUAAGUGCCGCCUUCGUCGUCUGGGUCUGGGGUACCAUGAUCGUGUCGCGAAGAUUCUACCGUUGAUCUUCGGUUCGCCUUCGUUGAUUGCGCUUACGCACCUAGAGAUAUAUGCGGUAUCUGCAACAGUGUACGGGCUCAUAGGGGACACUAGGUUGAUGCCGCAGCUCUCCGAUUUGUCGAUCCGUGAUGAGUUUGAGCUUGAGAGUGGGGAGACGUCAUUCUUCGGUGUGGCCGCGGAGGCAUUUGAUGCGAUGAUUGAGGCACGGAAGGACAGGUUAAAGCGGUUGACGCUUACUUCGCUCGAGGUCGAGAGGAUGAGCCCGACGCUGAUGGAACGCAUAAAGCAAAUCGAGGAUGAUGGUAUUGAAGUCACUUUCCUAGGACCUGGUUUAUGUCUUCUUUACCCUCCCAAAAUGAGUAACUGAAGUAACGAACUUUCAUCUAUUCCUGUUUUCUUUAGUCCCCAAACACAGAUGGCAUUACAGUCGCCUCCUUAAAUCGAAACAAACUCCAAGCUACUUCAGUUACUCUGUCUCCAUCAGCAAAACAAAUGUUGAAUGCUUUUCAGUUUGAACUAGGGUUCGGUUGAGUAACAACGAAUUAUAGUAUCAAAACUUCCUCUUUCAGGAGCAGC